UCUGUUCACACUCGGUACCUGGUGAAUCAAACACGAAAGCAGAAAACCAGUUUUCUUCACCAAAAGAUUAUCAGUGAUAUUGUCUUCCUAUGAGAUAUUACUGAAUAAGAAUGAGAGCACUGUGAUGGGAAGUGCAGAGGAUACAUGUAGCUGCCACACAAAUUAAAUGGCAGUGAAUUUUUGUAUGCCCCAGUUUAAACCAAGGAUCCAUUGUAACACAGUGAUGAGGGAUCAUCAUGAAGUUCAGAAUUUAAUAUCUGAUGACAUUUGGAAGAAAAGAAAAGGGUUCAUUGCUGAAUAUUUUGUGAAGCCUCCUGUGACAAUUACAGUAGAAUUCCCAUUACAUAUUGAGAUUAAAAGUAUUGCCAUAGAUCCUGUUGUUGGAACUCAGAAGUCAUGUAGUUUUGAAAUAUUUACUCACUCUGCUAAGGAGAGACGACUGUGGUUUUCUGACGAGGAGGCAUCUAGUUGUUCAGCUACAGUGGAUGGCAUAUUUACACCUGUUGGCAGAUAUUUUGGUAACAAGGCAGCACCUGUGCUCUUUGUCAACCGUAGAUUCAUACCUAGGGGUAUAUUUAAAAAUAUACCACAGCACAUGCCCUCGCUGGAGUGCCAAACUCUGCAUCAUCAUUAUUAUACAAACUUAUCCAAGGUUAGCCAUGUAUCUGUUAGGAUCAAUAAAACUGAGAACAGCACCUCUCCUGCUAUUGGAAAACUUGAAGUUUGGGGUCAGCCAUCAGCUUCAACAGAUAGGUCCAUUGUUCAACAGGUUUACAGGUUGUUGUUGCCAAAACGCAGUUCUGAGACGGCCCCUACAUCAACGUCGUCAGCAGCAUCAGGCUUCGAUAAUCGGUCACCACCAUUGCCAUCAUCACCAUCAUCAUCAUCAACUUUAUGCACUGAAAUAUCUGAAGGCACAAGUAACUUAGAUAACAGUGACAUUCCAAAUGAGUUCUUGGAUCCCAUCACCUGUAAAGUAAUGGCACUUCCAGUAUUAUUACCUUCUGGGCAGUGCAUUGAUCAGUCUACUUUGGACAAAUAUGUAGCUCAGGAGAGGAACUGGGGCAGACUCCCUAACGAUCCAUUCACUGGGACUGUAUUUAGCCAGAGCAGUGGUCCUGUCCCCAGCUCUGCCCUCAAAGCCAGGAUAGACCAGUGGCUGAUGAGGCACGAGGCAGAGGAUGGUCUCAUGAUGGGGAGAACUGUGGGGAGAGCCACUGACUUACACAACCAGGUACCACAACUCCCUAAACACAAAAAUCUGCCUCAGCCAGGUAGUACAAUUUUUACUAAAGAGCACAGACAGGAUCACAGUAACAGUGAAGACGUAGGCAUUCCCAAUACAGAAAUUAAAGAACCAAGUAUGCUUAAUUUUAAAAGAAAAGCUGCAGAUAGCAACAGCUUGUUAAAAUCUAAAAUGCCAAAACUAAAACCAUCAGUUCCAUUAUCCAAUGCCUCACACCAAGAGAAUCUAUUGUCCAGCCUAGAUUCUGCUCUCAGCAAGACCCUGAAAGGUCUGCCAUCUUUUCAAAAAUUGGAUACCUCCAGCAAUACAACCCCUAUAUUAGAAGAAAGAAAAAUAUGUGCUCAGUGCAAUGUAGAACUACAAACUAUGGUUGCAUUUUAUUCCCUGCCUUGUGAACACUUUCUGUGCAGAAGCUGCUUGUUGAAAUGCUCAAAACAGGACACAGAUUCAGUGAUAUGUGCAAAAUGCUCCAAAUCAUGCAAACGGCAAGAUAUUGUGAGAAAACAUUUAUAACACACUCAUGUUUGCCCAUUACAAAAUUUAUGGUGGCUGCCAAAUUUGCUAGUAUUUAAUUUCAGUUCUUAAGGAAACCGGCCUUUUAUUUCUCAGGAAGUAAUGAAUCCUUGCAAAGAGCAGGAAUUUUAAUAUUAUUGAAGCUGAAUCAUGCAGCCAUAUUGAUAAACAGCAAAAGAAAAAUUAGAUUUUUGAGAUCAAUCCUGCAGAGCAUUACAUCAAGGUAAAAUGCUUAGACAUUCUCCUGUAAUUGUUGAUUAUGUUGGCAUUGCACCGUCUGCUGGACAGUGGUUUUUGGUCCAUUUAUCAAUCACAUGACACUUGAAUUGAUAGUUACAAUGUGCAACAUGGAAAAUUAAAUGAAAAAUGCAAACAUUUUCAAUACAGAUUAUAGGUAAAUUAUAUAAGAAAUAAAGUAAAAUUUACAUGACUGACUUCCUCUUUAUUAUAUUGAUCAUUCCACUGACAAGUUUAGACUCUUAAGGCAGGACUGCAGGUUGGAGAUUUUAUCCUAAAUUAAAGGGCUUAGCUUUUUUAUUCCUGUUGCAUUCAUUUAAUGUAUCUUCAAAACAUCUAAUUA